UCCAUUGGUUAAAGGAAUGGCCACACAGACGGCAACUCUGCCAAAGAGAUUCAUUUCAGCCGGUUCUUCCUCACUUCUCCUUUCCUGUCUAAAUCGAAGGAACAAUUCGCUUCUUCAACGCUUUGGCUGCGCCGCCUCAAUCUCCGGGAUCCGGAUAGCUGGAAUUUGCCGGUCAUGGAAGAACUAAAAAAGCCGAUAUUUGCUUAUUUAGCUGAGCAAUGGUCUCUGCUAAAAGCAGUGCCGACUCAGAGAGAGUCUGCUACUGAAAGUAUUAAUGAUGAAAAUUCUGUUACUGUUACUCCCGAUACUGUUUCCACAGAGAAGACUGAUGACGCCCCUACUGCUAAGAAUGAUAAUGAUACGGCAGAGGAAAACAGUAGAGCUCCAGAGCCAAAAGAGUCGGAAGAAGAAGAAGCUGCUGAAGAGGAUAAACCAAUGAUAAAGCUGGAAACCGCUCCAUCGGAUUUUCGUUUUCCAACAACAAAUCAAACUAGGCAUUGCUUCACUCGAUAUAUUGAAUAUCAUAGGUGCAUAGCUGCUAAAGGAGACGAUUCUUCUGACUGCACCAAGUUUGCGAAGUACUAUCGGGCACUUUGCCCUGGUGAAUGGAUUGAACGAUGGAAUGAACAGAGAGAGAAUGGAACCUUCCCUGGUCCCCUAUAGAUGACUACUCCAAUGCGAAUGGGGAUUAUGGCCUCUUGUUUACCAUACCAGGCAUAAAUUGAUGGAGUGAUAGAACUAUUGAGGCUAAUAUUUUGAGAUUUUUGAAUAAAUAUAUAUUUUUAUAUUAUUUCUGAGGCUUAGAGUGUCAAGACAUGAAUAAUGGACGCUUCCAUGCCUGUUUACUUUUUUUAUUAAUAUUUCAGCCAUGAUGCUCAAUAUUGUUUGCA